UAACCUUUAAUAGAACUAUGUAUCACAGGGUAGGCUGGAUCCUCCUUGCCUCAUCUUUCGGCGUGAUAUGAUAUCAGGCACACAAACUUAAGUCCAGCUUGGUUUUGCUUUUAUUACAAUUCGAAUUCAUUAACACUAAAAGUCCAUAUGAUCUCACACAUAAGAAAGACUCUAACUUCUAUUCCCGUUAUUACAAAAGGAAUAAAAUUGUGGUGUCCAAUACAAAAAUCCUAUUUCAGAUAAUCUCGGCAAAAUAAAACGUUAUCUACCUAGACCUAGCACAGAACCCCGGAUCUCCGUCCUGCAGUUACUAUUUUAUCACUCUUCUUUUUAUUCUUUGAAAGGAGGAAGAGAAAAACUGAAGGCACACUUCAUUCAGACAAGUAUGGAGGAUCCGUCUAGACACUUUCUUAACAUUUAAAAAUGUAGCCCACCGCAGGUUCGCAGAGGCAGAAGUCACACAGCUCCCCUCAGGCUUUUAAACGAAUCACCGCAUCUCCGCCGGCGGCACCGAAGUUCUGAAGCCGCCCAAGAUGCCCAGGUUUCCGGAGCAACAAGCCCAUCGUCAUCUAGCUCCGCCCCCGGCGCCUUUCCCGCCAAAGGCCGUUACCGCCGCGGAGCAUGGUGGGACACGGUUGCAGGCUAGGUUUCACCCAAUCUUUUUAAAGCGCCGAGCUGUUUCCAGAGAGGGUUUACCCCUGAGGAGACUGACUAUCCUGGACUCAGCAGGAAUUAGUAAUAACCCCUUUAACCAGAGUAUGUGAUUUUUACCAAACGUCUGGCCGCUGCGCCAGCCAAUCAUCCCACAAGUCCAGGGCAGGAGGGACUUUUUCCCCUCCGUGCGGAGGGUGACGUCGCGCGUGCGCGAGCGUACUUCUGAGCACCCGUUACGGCCGUGCGCGUGCGCACUGAGUUGGAAUAGCCGCUUCCUCCGGCUUCUCUUCCUCCCCCUCCCCCCCAUAUCAGUGCGCCGAGCUGAUAAAGGCGCCAUUUUGGACCGGCCGCGGGAGACGUGGUGCCGCUGAGGGCUCGCUCUGCCGUACGCUAGGCUUGGUGGGAAGGCCUCUUUUCGAGUCCGCGCUUUUCGUCGCCGCCAUGUCAGGAGGUGGUGUGAUUCGUGGCCCGGCAGGGAACAACGACUGCCGCAUCUACGUGGGUAACCUACCUCCAGACAUCCGAACCAAGGACAUUGAGGACGUGUUUUACAAAUACGGCGCUAUCCGCGACAUCGACCUGAAGAACCGCCGCGGGGGACCGCCCUUCGCCUUCGUUGAGUUCGAGGACCCGCGAGACGCGGAAGAUGCGGUGUACGGUCGCGACGGCUACGAUUACGACGGCUACCGUCUGCGGGUAGAGUUUCCUCGAAGCGGCCGUGGGACCGGCCGGGGCGGCGGCGGAGGUGGAGGCGGCGGAGCCCCGAGAGGCCGCUAUGGCCCGCCGUCCAGGCGGUCAGAAAACAGAGUGGUUGUCUCUGGACUGCCUCCGAGUGGAAGCUGGCAGGAUUUAAAGGAUCACAUGCGUGAAGCAGGUGAUGUAUGUUAUGCUGAUGUUUACCGAGAUGGCACUGGUGUCGUGGAGUUUGUACGGAAAGAAGAUAUGACGUAUGCAGUUCGAAAACUGGAUAACACUAAGUUUAGAUCUCAUGAGGGAGAAACUGCCUACAUCCGGGUUAAAGUUGAUGGGCCCAGAAGUCCAAGUUAUGGAAGAUCUCGAUCUCGAAGCCGUAGUCGUAGCAGAAGCCGUAGCAGAAGCAACAGCAGGAGUCGCAGUUACUCCCCAAGGAGAAGCAGAGGAUCACCACGCUAUUCUCCCCGUCAUAGCAGAUCUCGCUCUCGUACAUAAGAUGAUUGGUGACACUUUUUGUAGAACCCAUGUUGUAUACAGUUUUCCUUUACUCAGUACAAUCUUUUCAUUUUUUUAAAUUCAAGCUGUUUUGUUCAGAAUGGGCUAAAGUGUUGAAUUGCAUUCUUGUGUAAUAUCCCCUUGCUCCUAACAUCUACAUUCCCCUCAUGUCUUUGGUAACUUGUAUUUUAAGUGAUGUCAUAGACAGGAUUGUUUAAAUUUAGUUAUUUUCCAUGCUCUUCAGACUGUGAUAUUAUGUAAAUGUCUAUUCUGCUCUGGUUUGUGUGAAAUGGGAUGUUGGGGGUGUUUGUGGUUAUCUUACUUGGGGAAGUUCUUAUGUUUAUCUUGCUUUUCAUGUGUCUUUCUGUAGACAUAUCUGAAGAGAUGGAUUAAGAAUGCUUUGGAUUAAGGAUUGUGGAGCACAUUUCAAUCAUUUUAGGAUUGUCAAAAGGAGGAUUGAGGAGGAUCAGAUCAAUAAUGGAGGCAAUGGUAUGACUCCAAGUGCUAUUGUCACAGAUGAAAUUGGCAGUAUUGACCUUAUACUAAAAGGCGAGGGGGAAAAUGUAACUACCAGAAAAGAUCUGCAAACAUCUUAUGCAGUUAUCUUCAGCUACAAUUGCUUUGCUUUUUAAAACCUUGGCAAUUGUGGCAAAAUUGCCCAUUUUGUAACAGUUAUUUGCUCCCUUCCCCCCUUUUUGUUUUAAUAGGGACUAAUGUGGGAAGAAUGGCUAAUUUGUCACAGUGCUUAGUUACAACUGUUAAUGUGUGGCCUGCUGUUGGUGUACAUGUGGGUACAGGGUGUCUAUUUCCAAACAGAGUAUAAUAUCAAUACUGCUAAAUCUGCAUGUCCUCUGUGUGACUGAUAGAGCGUUGUUAUUUCAUUUUUUAAAGACAAAAUGACAGCAAAAUAUAGAAUUCCAACGUAUUAGUGUAGAUAAUCUAGUUGGGAGUACUUUAAGUCUCACCUUCCCUUUUAGUAUUCAUAAUUGACUCAUGUUUAAAACACUUUUAAUUUACAAGCUAAAUUGCAGAUGGGAGCAAUAGAUUUAGUUUAGAUUUAGGUGGGUAGUAAUACCAGUAAACUUCAAUUACAUAACUUUGCAACCACAAAACCUGUGAUACCUGUACAGUAACAAGUGUUGGCAUUAUCAGUUGAACUGUAAAUAUAAAGUGCUUCUUCCAGUUAGUCUCUAUAGUGAUUAAGUUUCUAAAAUUUAUCUGAACACCAUACAGAAACUUGUUUUGGGGAAUUUGAUAGUUAUUGAUGUACAUCUGUAAACUGAUGACAGACAUAACUCAUCAUUCCCCAGAAACUUUUUUUGGUUACAGUGUCUAACAUUUUGCCUCCUCUUUUUUGGUUUUGCUGGUUAUAAAGGUUUGGAUUGGAGAGGGCUCACUGGAUCCCAAUCCUUGGAGCUGGAUCAUUGGAUUCAAAUCAUAAUGUGGAUAGGAUAGGGAGGAUGAAUUACCAGGAUUCAUGGAGCGGGAUCAGAUUACCAGGAACAUAGGAGUGGAUUCCUUCCUGCCCCAACCAAACCGCAUUCGUGUGGAUAUUUUUUUUCAUUCAACUUAAUUGGCUAUUCCAAAGAAUUUUUUUUCCUAUUUUUGACGAUUGGAGCCCUUAAGAUGCACGAUGGAAUUGUGUUUUGCAUUUUUUGGUAAAAGGAGCAAAGCGAGGACCUGGAGAUAUACGCUGGAGCAAUCUCCUUGGAAGGAUUCAGCACGAGUAGAUGGUAAACAUUUAAAGGGGAAAAGGGGGGGUUUGUUUAAAAUAGUAAAUCAGUAAGUCACUUCUAAAUUUAAAGAAAACAAAAUUGGAGUUGAAAAAUAAGUAGGUUUCCAAUUGGCUAUUGCCGUUUUUCUUUGAAAAAUAAACAUUUUUUAAAAAACGAUGCAUGGUUGUCCUUUUUCCUCUUCAUGUAAAAUUUUGACUGGGUAACUAGUGUAUCAGUUAUUUAAGAUUCUGAUUCUGUUUAUGUGUUAGUAAAUUAAAAGAUUCUAAUAAAUGAUAACUGUCUCUGUUGUGGAAAUUUUAAGAGGGUAAUAACUGAGUGUAAGGCAGUUACAUAUGUAACAGUUGUGUAGGGGGUAAUGGUCUGGAAAGUAAUCUUUCAUAUUUUGCUAAGUAACUUAACAGUUGUUUAUUUUGGUAAUGCUUUAGACAAAAGAGGCUUUUGUACAAAGUUGCUUGAUAGCUGCUAAAUUUUAGCUUUGAGAUUCUCAGUGGAACUCAAAUUCAGUAUUAACAUUAGCAAAAGUAUUAGACUACAACGCAGUUUUUUUGGUUUUUAUUUUGGACAGUAUGCUGUCAACUGCUUGUUGAGUGAAUCAAUACAUUGUAAAUCUUUUCAGCCAGAGUAUUCUGUCCCCAAAACUGUUCUGUAUUAAGUCAGCAAUUACAUAUCUUAGUCUAUUAUUGCAUAGUAGAUAACCCCUUGAAGCUGAAUCUUCAUCUUACUUGGAUUAGAGAAUGGAACUUUUAUUUAAAAUCCCAAGCUUGUGAUUUCCUCCUGUUUAGAAUGAAUAAACCACUCUUUCAGGACCACAGUAGAAAUAGAUCUUUAACUUGAGCUGCAGGCUGAUUAUGAGAUUAUUCAGAUGUAAUGUAAAAUUUAAAGGAGACAUGAAUUUUGAUAGUGUAAGAAACAGGUUUCAAGAAAUUUGCAUGAGAUCUCAACCUGUUCAUUUUAAUGACCCUAUACACUGUCCUGAAGGAAGCUAAUUGAAAACUAGUAUUUCACUGUAGGUAAAGCAUUCAAUAGAUUCAUUAAGGUUAAGGAGCUGUGUUACAGAAUUCAAAGUACAAUAAAAGGGUGAAGAAUUAAACAUGGUAUAACUGGAAAUUUAUGGUGUUUUUAGGUAAAUUGUACAGUCUGAGGAAAGUUCAUUUCAAUUUUUUUCCCCCUUUCCCUCCAGAGAGCCUCACUGCUCUCUGGUCUAGACUUUUGUAGAUCUUAGACCGGGCUCAAACCUCCAAAGUAAAUCCAGUCUCUCAGAUUCUGGGAUUAGACAUGAACCACCAUUCCCAGUAUUAUUAGAAGGUUAAAAGUGAGCCAAAUAAAAGCAAAUGUGGGUUUAUUUUGAAUGGCCUGUUUUAAGUAGUUCAGCUGGAGAGAGAUGUAUUUUUUGCCUUACUGUAUGUAGGUUUUAAGGCUUAGGAAAUAGGGUUAUACCCAUACUGACAAUUUAUACCACUUUGGAACUACAAAUACUACUUUGAUUUCCACCCCUCCCCCUUCUCUGUUCCCUUAGGAUAUUGUAGGGAAUCUAUGAUUAGUUUUUCUAACCAAGAAAGCACUUAAAUCUCUUUAAGCAAGUACUUUCAUAACAUCUGAUUGAAUAACCCAACUUGCUGUUCAGCUCAUCCUACUGAAGACAAAGGUAAGAAACAUUUUCUGAUACCUAGCUUGGGAUCUGGGUUUUAAGAACUAAAGUUUGUAAUGAAUAAUUGCUCCUGACUUGCAAUGUUCCUUUCCUUUAUAGUUUUAAUAAUUUUGAGUGUAUAAAUCUGCCCAUCUCAGUUCUGGAGUUGAAUAUAAGUUCUAAGAUCUGUUUUUCUUAGUUUUGUCUAUGAUCCAUGCUUUUGUAGGGCUGGUGCUAUUUUCAGCUUUCUGUGGUCAAAGCCAACUUUUGGUGUUUGCCUUUUUGCUUUGUAUAUGAAAUUUGUAGCGAAAUUACAAAUGAAAUAAAUUAUAUGUAUUUAAAUAGUAUUAAAAGGAGAGAAAGUAUUAGACUGAGUUCUGUUACAACAACCACUUGUGGCUUAUUUCCAUCAUGAUUUGACAACAGAUCGACAACCCACGAUACCCGAAUACCACAGACUGUUUUUAUUGAGCCAAUUGAAUGUAAAAUCUGGCCAGAAUAGAUGCCUUUAUUGUGUAAUUCGUGUAAAGUCACACAGGCAUUGUUGAAGGUGUUUUUUAUAUAUGACGUAUAUGUGAUAAGAUCUUCAUGUAAAGUCUGACAACCGUGAAUCCCAAAUAUAUCUCUAGUUUGGGCAAGGAGUUAUAGAAUUGUACUAGUACUGCAGAGGAUUAAUGUUGCUAUAUGUAAUUUUGGGAGUGAAUAAAAAGCUGUUACUUUGGAACCUUUA